AGUGGACUAAAGAUGGGGGAGCAAGGUGGUUGGCUGGAGGAUGACAGAGGAGACUGGGCGGCCAUCUUGGAUUCCCAGACCGGUGAAGCCAAGGGCCCGGGGGAUGACAUCACCGAGCAGGCCAGGAACAGAGGCGACAUAGUGGAGGUCAGUGGAUGGGACAGCGUCCUCCAUUCUGGGCAGGGGAACAACACUGUUAACCACAACCAAAAACAGACAGUUGAACACAAAACAACAACCAAAUUUAGUCUCCAUGACAACAGACUGGCUGAGACCAGGACGAGACAUAGAUUUGGUCCGGGGGGACGGGGAGGUGUCCAUAUGCAGCUGGAGAGAACAGAUACAGACUCGGCUAGCGAUGCUCCGUCCUGCUCCUAUAGUUGUGAUUCAGACAGGCUGAUGGCGCCUCAGGUUAACCCCCUAACAGGUGCUGCCUUCAGCCUGCCUUCUAUAGGAUCUAUCAGCUGGAACAUGGACCCUGCGACAACACAGACACUCCCUGGUCUUCAUCCUCCUCACAAUCUCCUAAUGUUAAACCAGACCUCAGACAAUGCCAGUGCCUCAACACUGAGUGGCUACACAAGUCCAUUGACAAAUGACAAUAGUAGAGAUGGAAUCAGUAAAGCUGGCAGCGCCAAAGAGAAGCACUUCCGUGUUCGUUCUGUGGGAAAGUCUUCAGUUUCCGCAAAACAGGUGGCGAUCCACCAGAGGAUGCACACGGGGAGAGAAACCGUUCGGCUGCCACCUGUGCCUGGCCAGUUUCUCUGA